AAUUGCAUGUAAUAUAAUCCACAUUCCUUAAGACAUCAAAGUAGCGCUGUGGAGUCCCGAGUAAGCUUUAUCGAGUGCACCCUCUCGGGAAUUUGUGAUGAGGCGGGAAAUGGCGUCCGAGGAGCCCGUCGAUGGUCUGUGGUUCUGAACACAGCUGGCAGCGAUAACGACGGACAGACCUCUCUCUCGGUGGCCGCACCGUUGCGGCUACCAGUGUGGACAGGCAAGCGGCAAGUUUGGUUACGAAUUUAUUUGCACCAUCGUCUUCCAUGUAACGUGUAGGAUGAUGAGGUUGAGAGUGCGGAAAGCUUCUCAGCAGACCAGCGCCAAACCAAAACCUGGUCCCAAAUCCAGCCCCGGCCGUCCAGCCCCAGCCCCCCGCCCAGCCCAGGCCAAGAGGAAACACUGUGAGGUGGAGCCCACUGCUGCGACCAGGAGAGGCCCCAGAAUGCAGAAGAAUGAGACAGGCCUGUUUUCCACCAUCAAGAAGUUCAUCAGGGGAAAUGCUGUCAAGAUGGAGCAUGACAUCCCAGCUAAGAGGAGUCGUGUUGAUUGUAAAGUGGACAGCAGCAACCUGAUCACGUCUUCUCCUCAUCCUCCUAACAAAACUAUCCCCAGGGGCUGCAGGAGAAGCGCUAACAAACCUGAUCCAAUGACGUUGAACAGUAAACCCCUGAAGCCCAACGGUAAACUGGAGGUGCCCGUGGAGGUGGCCAUCAGCCCUCCUCGUACUACUCUCCUGGGCACCAUCUUCUCUCCCGUCUUCAACUUCUUCUCUCCUGCAACCAAGACGGCCACUCUUGGGUCUGACUCACCUGGGCAGGUGCUGGAGGCUGAGGAGAUUGUGAAGGAGGUGGAGGAAAUGUCGACCAGUACCCCCACAUCUACAGAAGGCGUCGUCCUGUCUCCUGUUGCUCCAGUACCACCACCGGCUCCUCUGGCUACACCAGAACCACCUGUGGAGGAAGGGGAGAUGGUUACAGAAACAGAUACGCCCCUUUUAACAGCUCCUGUAUGCACCCCAGUCAGCUGUUACUCCCACGCCCCUCCCACGGCCCCUGCAGACGGCACCUACGAGGAGGACUGGGAAGUCUUUGAUCCGUACUUCUUCAUCAAACAUGUGCCUCCGUUGACAGAGGAGCAGAUAGCCAGGAAACCAGCACUUCCUCUCAAAACACGCAGCACACCAGAGUUCUCCCUGGUCCUAGAUUUGGACGAGACGUUGGUGCACUGUAGUCUGAAUGAGUUGGAUGACGCAGCCCUGACCUUCCCUGUCCUGUUCCAAGACGUCAUCUACCAGGUGUAUGUGCGUUUGAGGCCGUUCUUCAGAGAGUUCCUGGAGCGCAUGUCUCAAAUUUACGAGAUCAUUCUGUUCACUGCCUCUAAGAAGGUGUAUGCAGACAAGCUGCUCAACAUCCUGGACCCUAAGAAACAGUUGGUCAGGCAUCGUUUGUUUCGUGAGCACUGUGUAUGUGUUCAAGGAAACUACAUCAAGGACCUAAACAUUCUUGGAAGAGAUCUUUCAAAAACAAUAAUAAUCGACAAUUCACCUCAAGCCUUCGCUUAUCAGCUUUCCAAUGGGAUUCCCAUCGAGAGCUGGUUCAUGGACAGGAACGAUAAUGAGCUUCUCAAGCUGGUUCCUUUCCUGGAGAAGCUAGUGGAGAUGGUAUGUACUCUGGAGAAGCUAGUAGAGAUGGUAGGUACUCAUUCUGGAGAAGCUAGUGGAGAUGGUAGGUACUCAUUCUGGAGAAGCUAGUGGAGAUGGUAGGUACUCAUUCUGGAGAAGCUAGUAGAGAUGGUAGGUACUCAUUCUGGAGAAGCUAGUGGAGAUGGUAGGUACUCAUUCUGGAGAAGCUAGUAGAGAUGGUAGGUACUCAUUCUGGAGAAGCUAGUAGAGAUGGUAGGUACUCAUUCUGGAGAAGCUAGUAGAGAUGGUAGGUACUCAUUCUGGAGAAGCUAGUAGAGAUGGUAGGUACUCAUUCUGGAGAAGCUAGUAGAGAUGGUAGGUACUCAUUCUGGAGAAGCUAGUAGAGAUGGUAGGUACUCAUUCUGGAGAAGGGGAAAAUAAACAAAUUUAUUUUUUGGAUGUGCAUCCAACUCCAACGACUUCCUUAUGUACUCAAACAUUUGCCCUUGUACCUGUUAGAUUGUCUGUAUCCGGCUUGCAUAAACAGACCGGUUUCUGUUCUUUCUCUUCCUCCACGAAAGUCACCCCGGUCAUUUGUGUCGCUGUACUAUUUUAUGCAACCUCUGCUGUCUGUUCUUACACUCCUCCACAGAAUGAGGACGUAAGGCCUUACGUCAGAGAACGGUUUCGUCUUCACGAUCUCCUUCCUCCAGACUGAUUUUUGAUUGGUUGACCCAGCAGGCUAACCAAUAGAUAUAUAGAAUGUAUAUUUCUAUUAGAAUGUUCAUUCUAAUUUUAUGGAUUAGCCCUGCAGUACUUGGAGAGGGAUGCCUUCCCUUCAACACAGCGGAGAUGAGGAGAAUCAAGUUUAACUGACUCUAAUGAGGAUGUUGUUUUAAAUGGAUCUCUGUCUACAACGUUUUCAUUCCUGAUGAAAAUACCAACAAAACACCAUUACAGAGGUUUUUCUUGUUACAGAAAACAACAAAACACAAAUCUUUAUAAUUCCUGAAGCUAUGUACAGUUUGAGUAUUUGUAUAUGUUUUGUAUUCUCGAACUAAACUGUUAUACUCAAACUAAACUGUACCCCCAGGGUAGAGCAGUCCCCUUGUAUUGUAAAAGGCUUCUGCCUAGACGGAUGGACCUCUUUGUUUAUUCUUGAAAGCAGGGCCGUGUUUGUUAAGGCACAAACAUUUUGCAACUAAGGAAUAUAAAGCGUUUCGGAUUGGACAAGUCCAAUCCUCUCCAAUUCGGACCGUUUUCUUCGUUUUUUUUGGUGCCUAAUGAACAAGACUGUGGCGACUUUCUGGGAGAUUGUUUCUCAUCUGCAGCUACACUUUUGGACUGAAUGUCAUGCAGUAUUUGAGUGUGGGGACCUGACUGCUCUAGACUCAUUUGAACAGGAAUGGGCUGUCAAACCUGUAUAAUAUACACACUCGAUUACAUGUGUACAUAUGCCGUAUAUAUUUUUCAACUUUUCACUGUGCUUCUGAUUUUAUGUGUUCCUCUUUUAACUGACUGCUUUUACUUUUCUUUUUUAUGCCUUUUGGAGAAAAAAAAUAGUGAUUUUUCUGUUGUCUGCCUGCAAUUUUUACAUCUCAAAUAGCAACCUAUUCCCUAUAUAGUGCACUGUUUGACCACAGUCCUAUGGGACCUAUUCCCUAUAUAGUGCACUGUUUGACCAGUCCUAUGGGACCUAUUCCCUAUAUAGUGCACUGUUUGACCACAGUCCUAUGGGACCUAUUCCCUAUAUAGUGCACUGUAUGACCACAGUCCUAUGGGACCUAUUCCCUAUAUAGUGCACUGUUUGACCACAGUCCUAUGGGACCUAUUCUCUAUAUAGUGCACUGUAUGACCACAGUCCUAUGGGACCUAUUCUCUAUAUAGUGCACUAUACAAAAGAAAAGGGUGUAAUUUGGUAUGCAUGCUUGCUUUUUAGUCCCAUUUUAAGUGCAGUUAUGUGGUCUCUAACAAGGUGCGGGUUUUUAAGAGAAUGUUUAUGAAAUCAUCAUGUGUAUAGGUCGUAAUGUUAAUGUAGUAUAAGGUUUCACUUGGAAGACCAUUCAACAAGCCAUAAUGAUGGCCCAGAUAUUAAUUUAGAAAAUGUAUAUUUGAGAUUUCACCCCUUCUUUUUUUUUUUUUUUUUUUUGUAAAGAUGUUUAAAAAUACCCUUAAGAUGCUCUGUUUUUAGGGUGUGAUGAAGAGUUUGAGGAAGGAAGGCUCCGGAGCUCCUGCACUUUUUGUAUAAAAAACAACUUUUAAAUGCAUAAUUCCCUAUGUAAAAAAAAAAUAAUUUUUUGUACACAAGUUAUCACCUCAAUUGUUAUAUCUGGACUAUUUUGAAAUCGUAGCACCAGCAAAACGGCUAACAUUUUGUUUUUAUCUUUUUAAAUCAUGUUUUUCAUUGCUGUUCUUAGUCGUGGGUGUGUGUGGAAUCUCUUAUGUAUGAGUCUAAAAGUUUGGCCGAUAAGACUCCAUGUUGUCAUUGACCAUCUUGGAGGGUCACUCCUGUUGUACUCGGUGUUACUCAAUGGUGUCCUUGAUCAUAAAUACAUUUUUAUACAAUUCAUGAAAA